ACUUAUUUCCGCUUCCGGCGGCGGGUUCCGGAAGGCGUAUGGUGAGAUGCCGGGGCUGGGCACAGGGACUGCGACCCGGGGUUGGCGCUCUUCCUAAGACCAAGAAAGACACUCCAUUCCCAGGCUAGGGUGUGUCGGCAAGAACCAGGCAGUCUCUAUGAUGAUUCACGUGUGCUCUCUAGGAUAGGAAGACUUCCACGCGCCCAGUGUCCUUGGCCCUGGAAAACGACGUUGCUUUUCCAGACCCUGAAUCUUGCAGAGUGAAGAUUUAAAUCCCAAGGUCAUGGCAAACCAUCUGAAGUUCAUUGCCAGAACUGUGAUGGUACAAGAAGGGAACGUGGAAGGUGCAUACAGGACCCUAAACAGAAUCCUCACCAUGGACGGGCUCAUUGAGGACAUCAAGCGACGACGGUACUAUGAGAAGCCUUGUCGCCGACGCCAGAGGGAAAGCUAUGAAACCUGCCGGCGCAUCUACAACAUGGAAAUGGCUCGCAAGAUCAACUUCUUGAUGCGAAAGAAUCGGGCAGACCCGUGGCAGGGCUGCUGAGGCCUGUGGGUAGUAGGCCCAGUAUGAAAUUCCCUAUCCAGCUGUCCCCUCCCUCUCUCAAACGCCAUUUUGUCUUACUUUUUUUAUUAUAAUAAACUCAAUCACAUAUACGCAAGAAGACCUGCAUAUAUAGAACCAAUCCCAUAGUUACCAAUGAACCCUGUCUUUUAUUAAGUGAAAGUGAAACCGAGUCAAAAAGUAGUCUAGGAGUAGAAUGGUGAUUACCAAGACCUUGCUUUUGGAAAAGCAACUGUUACUAUUCACUGAACUGUCCCUUCCCCUCAACUGUUAGAGGAAGCAUGUACAUAUUUGGAAUAAAUUUUGCUACUGAAACACCCAUCAACCAGACUAGAGUGCCAGAAUCCUUGCCCAGAGGAAUCCUUAAAAUAAAUCUACAUACACUCCUG